AUGGCCCCCAAAACCGUCCUGAUCACGGGGUGUUCCUCCGGCAUCGGCCUCGCUUUGGCGGUCAAACUCGCACAAGACAAACAGAGGAGGUUCAAAGUGAUUGCCACUCUGAGGAACGUGGCCAAGAAGGAGAAGCUGGAAGCGGCUGCCGGGCCUGCUCUCGACAGGACCCUGGAGAUCAAGCAGCUGGACGUCUGCGAUGAGCGAUCCAUCCGCAGCUGCAUCAACAGCAUCCCCAACAGGCACAUCGACAUCCUUGUCAACAAUGCCGGGGUAGGCCUCAUCGGGCCCAUUGAAUGCCAGUCGAUAGAGGAGAUGAAGGCCGUCAUGGAGACCAACUUCUUUGGCGUGGUGCGGAUGAUUAAGGAGGUCCUCCCCGACAUGAAGAAGAGAAGGAGCGGCCACAUUGUGGUCAUCAGCAGCGUCAUGGGUUUGCAAGGAAUCAUGUUCAACGACAUCUACACAGCGUCCAAAUUUGCCAUUGAGGGAUUCUGUGAAAGCCUGGUCGUUCAGACGCUCAAGUUCAACGUCUUCAUCAGCCUGAUCGAGCCAGGCCCCGUGGUGACCGAGUUCGAGAUGAAGAUCUACGAAGAUGCGGAAAAAGCUGACUACUCUCAGACUGACUCAGAGACGGCGGAGAUCUUCACCAAUAUCUAUCUGAAGAAUUCCAAGGCCAUCUUCUCCAGCUUGGGCCAGAGUCCUGAGGACAUUGCUGAGCACACCCUGAGGGUCAUUGGCACGGCCAAGCCACCCUUCCGGCACCAGACCAACACCAUCUACACGCCCAUGACUGCCCUCAAGCACGCCGACCCCACCGGGGCCCUGAUGACUGACUCCUUCUACAAGCUGGUCUUCAAAUACGACACCCUCCUGCAUGUCAGCCUGAAGGCCAUCCGCCUCCUCCGCUGGCAGGCCCACAAGAUGAGGCAGGGGGCCCGGCUGCUGGGCUUCCGCUGA